UAAGCUCACAUGUCACAUCAUGUCACUUGCGCUGUGUUACAUAGUAAGGAGAGCGUAGUUUAAAUUAAUAUAAUUAAAAGGUUGAGUAUAUAUAUAUAUAUAUAAUGGUAAAACAUUGCAAUAUAAAAAACUGCAAAAAUGUCUGAAAUCCAAACGAAAGAAUGACAUUUCACAGCUUUCCUGUGACGAAUGAAGAACUCGCAACAAAAUGGAUGGAAAAUAUUCCUGAAGGGUUGCUGCAAAAUCAUACAAAAUCGACAUUUAUUUGUAGUGAACGUUUUAAGAAAGAAUGUUAUACAGUUGGUUCAUUCUUUCAAAGAACAUUAAAAAAGAAUGCGGUACCAACUAUUUUUCGAGAGACCGAAGAAAGUAAAGAAAAUAUUAACAUUUGUCAAGUGAUACAAACAAGUAGACUACGGGCCGUAUUCAUAGUCGAGUCUCAAGGCGAUACUGAAGAUCGUCUUAGUCAAGAUUAUCUUAUUGAAUGAAGAUCACCUUAAAAUCGAUAUAAUUCAUAAACAUAUAUUAAGAUAAUCUUUGCGAAGAAGUUUUUGCCUAAGAAACUCUUAUUCUAUUUGAGAAUAUCUUCGCAAAGAUUUGCUUAAGAUGAUACUUAUUGAUCAUUCGGCUAUUUCCGUAUUAUUUCUUUUAGGCCAACCAAUAAAAAUGAUCCUUCCUUUGAGCUGAAGUGGUUAAAACAAGAGUGGUCUGUUCUUUUUAACUGUACUACUACACAGUGCAACAAGUUAAAGUGGACAUGUGAGAAAUGUGAUACAUUUGAUUAGAAGAAUUAACAAAUUUUUAUUUGCUAGUUGUCUCAUUGUAAGAUUUCAAUCUUUAAAAUUAAAAAAUUUGAAAAUGUCGAAGAAUAAACAUUAUACAACUGUGGAAAGAAAACUUUUCGUAGAGAUAUUAAAAGAUUUUAAGCACGUCAUUGAGGUUAAAAAAAGUGAUUCUUCAACACUUCAUGACAAAGAACUUGCAUGGGCUGAAAUUUGUAAGAGAUGUAACGAUUCUUCCAUGAUUAUGCAAGAACGUACAGUUCAACAGCUAAAGAAACUCUGGACAAAUAUUAAACAAACUCAAAGAGAAUUAUUAACUAAAGAAAAACAAGCUCGUCUAGCCACUGGUGGUGGCCCGCCACUACCAGAAAUAAACAUUGACCCUGAUGUUGCCAUAAUAACACCACAUCUUUUAAAAACAGCUCCUGUUCUAUUUACAUCUAAUAUGACAGAAAAUGAGAUAAAUGACUGCGUUCCAAUAAUCAUUGCCAAACAUUGCCAGCCUUCACAAACUAUAGAGAAAGGAGAACAUGUUUUGAACCUUUUAGUAAAUGAUGACAUCUCAUCAUUAUACGGGAGUAAUGUUGAUGAGCUGAAUGAUAAAGAAAUUAACAAAACACAAGAUAUAAUAAUGGAAGAGAUGAUUGACAAAGAGAACCAAGAUACUAAUCUUUGUAAUGAAGUUUUUGAGCUGAAAGAAGAAAAUAAAUUGGAUUUUGCCUGUAUGCGACCAGUAAAAAUAGCAAAAGGAAAGAGAAAUAUAAAAGAAAAUUUUGUUAGCGAGGAAGAUACUGUAAAGAUAAAAAGAAUAAAGCAAAUUAUAGAACAAGAGAAAGAUAUAUCAGAUAUAAAAAAAUUUCAUGAGAAAAGAAUUGCUACAAUGAAAGAAAAUCUUCAAACAGAAUUAUUUGCUUUACAAAUUCGAGAAGCUACUGCGAAAGCUGAGUUAGCCGAGUUACAAUUACAAAGGGAGAAAGAAAAUAUGCGUUUUUAAAAGAAGUCUGUAAAAGGAAAUAUCGAAGUCCAUUUAACCAAAGAAAUAUUAUAAGAGAAAGUUAUUUAUUUUUAGCUGCAAGAAAUAAUAUUAAAGUAUUGAAUAAUAUAGAUUAACCGUAUUAUGUUAGUGUCCGAUAACUCACUGCACAGCCACGAUGUAUACAAAAUAUUUUUCACUUUGUUAUA